AACCACUCUUAUAAAGUGGAACAAAUUCAAUAUUUGUUUUAUUAUACUGUUCCUUUAACUGUAUGGAAUGUUUUGUAAUUUGGCACUGAAGAUGGAGUACUUUACUCAGAUUGGAUGUUGAAGAACAUCUCAUGGAUGGACUCUCUGACAUUGCCGGUUGUGAAGACCUGCUUGUCCAGUUAUGUCAACAAUCUGAUCACACAGUUAGCUGUCACUGAAGCAUGCGAUGAUAGUGCACUGAAUGAAGGAUUUCUAGACUUCAAGUAUAUCUGUAGUAUGCUUCCAGGUAACGCAGAGGAUGAGCCAAGUGUAUACUUUCCAGUCUGUGUGACCAGUUUAGCUCCAAUUCUUACAUCAGUAGAAAAUCUUGUGGGAAAGAUUGGUCCGCAGAACUUCCUUGAUACUUACCUUCCAUAUGUUUCCUGGACUGGAAAGCAACAGGUACUGGCGGAAAUAUGGCGCGACAUGUUUACUCAUAACCCUGUGGAUGAAGUCACUGCCGUGCUGGUCACUUCAUCCGUUCUUGAGAGAGCUCUCGGGGAUGUGUAUAUGUUGAAAGGGCCAGCCCCGUGUCCGUCCAUGCUGAAAGAUCUGCUUGUAACAGAGCAGCUUAAGGAAAUUCUUGGAGAACACGUGAUGUGCAUACUCCGGCUGGUAAUGGGUCCUCCAACCUCUCUUAACCUCCGAAAUGUUGCAUGGCAUGGUUUUCCCUUUCCGGGAGAAAUACCAGCAAGGUGUAUUUGGUUCCUGAUACUACUGGUACCCAGCAUAGGUCGAGUGUUGGAAGAGAGGCUGGUCCCAGUGCUGAUGUUACACCGGGAACCUAUGGUCUUUUCUCGCACCAAACUUAUUACAGAGGUUGAUAUUUUGUAUAGCAAGGACCUCAUUGAGGCUGUAAAAGACACCCAAUUUUCAUCCUGGGACACAAGAAUGUUUUGGACAAAUAUCACCAGUUUAUAUAAGCAAGAAAGGUAUGGUGAAUGUACCGCUCUUCUACUCUACUACCUAGAGCAGGGUCUACGGCUUGUGUUUGCUACUGCCAACAACUGUGAGAACAGAAUUUUGACUGCUGAGGCAACGACAUUAUACACUACAUUUGAUGAGAUGUUAGAUCCUUUUCUCCCUGAUGGGUCUGAAAACCGACUGAGGAUGGUUAUAGGAGAAGAGAUAUUGGAAAUAAUCCUUGACCACCUGACCUACCCGGGCGGCCCUAGGGUGAGGGACCGUUUGAGUCACGGUGAAGCAUGCUGGGAAAGGUUUCCAUGGCAACUCACACGUAACCUGGCAACUAUCUGUGUGGCACUGUCAGCCAUGUUUGUAAAGGAUGGGAAACAUAUUCAUAACAAAUGUGUAACCAUACUUCAUGAGGAUAUUAAGUCAUACAGUGUCCAGUUUCAUAGAAUAAGCCUGUUAAAGAAGGAGAUAUCUACAUUCUUUAAGAAAGAAUCUGAGACAGAUUCCAUGAUUUUACUGCAGCUUGACCUUAGUGAAAGAAAGCCAAACGAUCCUUUCCAGUCUACAGAUGAAGCAUCUUCACUUGAAGCAAAGCUCAGGGACAUCGUUGCUGUUUUUGAUGGACAUUGGGCAUAUGUGGGCUCAAAAUGCAAAAGAUACAUACCCUGUACAGAAACUCGAAGGGUUCCAACUGUGAUAUUGAAAAUGAGGUGCUAACACUGCUGGACCAUAUAGUAGAUGAGUGUUUGCAAGUCAUCACUCAGAUGCAACAGUUUGCAACAAACAGUCAACAGCAGAUGACGCUAAAACAGCUCAGGUCACGGCAGAGAGAGAACUUCAAGAAGUUCCUAGCAAGUGUACCAUCAUUGGUUGUGGGGCCGUGCACAUGUGUAUACAUGUGUUGUUGCCAACUAUAUCAACUUGAUGAAAUAAAGGCGAGGGAAGGACCUCAAUCAAACAACAAAUUAAUCAAAUUCUGGAAGUCUGUGCUGAAGUUGUGUGAGAAUUUACGAACAUUUACGCACCAUGAUAAGAACAAAUGGACAGAAGGGGAGGAGUUAGUUUCACACUUGACACCUUUUGUAGAAUCUAAUUUUAAAACCUUUCAUUGAUUGAUAUGUUUGUGCAUUAUGCAAAUAUGUGUCUUAAAAUUAUGAAUGAUUUUCAUAGCAUGGUUAAUGGCACAAGUCGUUAUUAAGGACUUUUUCACCGAGAGUAACAUAUACACCCAUGAUGCUACCGUUUCUCUUACACCAGGAGGGUUUGCUGUUAAAAGGACUAUAUCAAUGACCUUAUUUCGGUCUACGGGACCUUAUAACGGAUAAUGAUAACUCUUAGUAACGAUACCCACCCACCAAUAAUAAAUCAAAACACUUUUUUUUCCGAAAACAGAAUU